GCAAACUGCCAUUCGGUGCUCUCGUGCAAUUUUCGUACCCCGUGGAACACCGCCUGAUAGGAUUUCACGAGGCGAGACGAUUCUGGGCCUUAUAAGUCUUGUACUUCGAUGAUCACUGGCAUCAACUAUUUGAUAUUGUCAUGUCGGACCAAGAUGCUGUCGCUGGCCUUCGCUGGAAUAACAAUAUUUCGGUGGUGACUAUUACCCUGAUAUCCUAUGAAUACCUUCUUCACUUUGAUAAAGAGGUCAAAUAUGUCUGGAAACGACGACCCUGGUCACCAAUGACAUAUCUUUACCUUGUUGUUCGAUAUCUUGGACUUUCCCUUGCGCUGCUUUGGGGUUUUUGGGGAGGACUGCUGUUUAUGCCUUCAUCACCAUGUCACGAUCUUGUCGUUUUCAUGGAAUGGGGUUAUUCAAUAUAUAGUUGCGUUGCAGAAGUCAUUCUUGUCUGGCGUCUUUAUGCGCUAUACAACUGUUCAAAACUCCUACUUCGGAUCCUAUUGGGACUACUUUUACCCAUCAUCGCUGUAUCGAUAGGAACAGAUAUCUUUUUAUAUAGUCGACCCAGCAUGUUCUCAGUAAAAGAAAUAAUAACUGCAGACGCCAAAUACUGCACGUUCUUUUUCAAAACGGGGCCUUUGCCUCUGACCUAUUUGUCUAUCCCCAUGGUGUGCUAUGAUGUCCUCCUGCUUGUUCUUGCGAGUGCAAAACUCGUAAAACACCUCAAAGAACGGAAGAAGAUCAACGCUAGGCCCAAUUCAUCUGUAUCUAUUAUCGUCCGACUUCAUAUCGUGUGCUUUGUACUGAAUUUGAUGAACCAAAUAUUUUUGGUGAUAUUAUGGGCUGACCUUUCAAUCUCGUUGAUGAAUAUCUCAGAGCUCAUCAACAGUACCGUGCCAUAUAUCCUCGCGCCGCGUCUCACUAUCAGUAUCUGGGAUACGCAUGCCCAUCGCAACUGCGUAUACGUCAGUACGACAUUCGAGGAUUGUGGAUGUUGGACUUCACAGGGAGUACCCGAGCAGUAUGAGAUGGAUACCACUACUACUGAGAUGGGAUCUGAAACGGGUUCUUGCAUCGCGUGAUUUAGGAUACUACUUACGGGAAAGUGGGGGAUCACAUUCGGAUGACCACGAUCAGAUUUUGAUCAGGCCACGCGCAGGACUAGAAGUCGCUCCGCUCCAGACUCAGCAUUGAACGAAGAUACUAGUUGAGAUAAUAUUAUAUGAUGACA